AUGGCACUCGUCCACGAACCCCGCGCCCCAUCACCCUCUCUCUCUGGUUUCAAUUCACCCCUCUCUGAGCCGUCCCUCCGGCGGCUGGACGCCGAAACACCCUGCACCCCGGAGAUGGACCUGACCCCGACCCAGUGCGUCCUCCGCAACGUUCUCUCAAUAGACACGGGGGGCGCCGUCGAGCCAGAGGGCAGAGGUGGUGGUGUUGGGGGAGGAGGGGGAAGGCACACAAGUGGGAACAGCCCUACGCCGAGUGAGGAACAACAGGAGCACUUUGCCAACAGCGUACUGAAGCUCCAUGACAAUGAUGGGACCCCAGGGAGGAGGGAGGGAGAGGGGCCUGACACAGAGAGCGAUGCGGUCAGGAGCCAGGUGCACGAUGCCAGGAUACAGUGCCAGUCUAAUGGAGGGGGAGGAGGAGGAUUUCUAGAGGGCUUGUUUGGAUGUCUGAGGCCCGUCUGGACUAUGAUUGGCAAAGCCUACUCCACUGAACACAAACACAACCUGGAAGAGCUGUGGGAGGUCCCGUUUGAAGAGAUCUCAGACCUGCAGUGGGUGGGCAGCGGGGCCCAGGGGGCAGUCUUCCUGGGCAAGCUCCAUGGACAGGAAGUAGCCGUCAAGAAAGUGCGGGAUAUCAAAGAGACUGACAUCAAGCACCUACGCAAGCUCAAACACCCCAACAUCAUCACUUUCAAGGGUAUUUGUACACAGGCUCCUUGUUACUGCAUCAUCAUGGAGUACUGUGCCCAGGGCCAGCUGUAUGAGGUGCUGAGAGCCGGCAGGAAGAUUACCCCCUCCCUGCUCAUGGACUGGGCCAUGGGUAUCGCUGGUGGGAUGAACUACCUGCACCUCCAUAAGAUCAUCCAUAGAGACCUCAAGUCACCCAACAUGCUGAUCACGUACGAUGAUGCAGUGAAGAUUUCUGACUUCGGUACAUCCAAGGAGCUCAGUGACAAGAGCACCAAGAUGUCCUUCGCCGGUACGGUGGCCUGGAUGGCCCCCGAAGUCAUACGUAAUGAGCCCGUCUCGGAGAAGGUGGAUAUUUGGUCGUUUGGCGUGGUGCUGUGGGAGAUGUUGACUGGAGAGGUGCCCUACAAAGAUGUGGACUCGUCAGCCAUCAUCUGGGGAGUGGGCAACAACAGCCUGCAGCUUCCUGUCCCUGAUAGCUGCCCCGACGGCUUCAAAAUACUCCUACGGCAAUGCUGGAACUGCAAGCCAAGAAACAGGCCUUCAUUCCGACAAAUUCUCCUACAUUUGGACAUUGCCUCUGCAGACAUCUUGUCUACACCACAAGAAACCUAUUUCCAAUCCCAGGCGGAAUGGAGAGAGGAGGUGAGGCACCAUUUUGAAAAGAUCAAGUCUGAGGGUACGUGCCUCCACAGGCUGGAUGAGGAGCUGAUCAGAAGACGCCGAGAAGAACUCAGACACGCUCUUGACAUCCGAGAACACUAUGAGAGAAAGUUGGAGAGGGCCAACAAUCUCUACAUGGAGCUCAAUGUGGUCAUGCUACAGCUGGAACUCAAAGAGAAAGAGCUGCUCAAGAGGGAGCAGUCACUGGAUAAGAAGUACCCAGGCUGCUUCAACAAACACCAUGGCUCCAGACAGGGAGGCUCUGCCAACUCAAUGGAGAAACUCAUGAAGAAACGCAACGUACCUCAGAAGCUGCCCUCACACACUAAAAGGCCUGACUUGCUAAGGUCAGAGGUCAUCCUGCCCAGGCUGGACUCAUCUGUCACACAGGUAACUAUCCCCAACAAGGGCUCCACUUCGCCGGGCCGCUCCCGCCGAGGGAAACCCCGCUACCGCAAAGCCGGCAAGGGGAGCACAGGGGAUUUGGCCCAGCUGAAAGCCACCCUCUCCUCUUCCUUAGCCCUGGUCAACACCACCUCAUCAGUCCCGAGCAGCAAGCAGUGCCUGGACCCCAGUGCUGCCCUCAGGGGCCUCCAGCAUGACCUCCUGCUGAAGAAGAUGUCCUCCUCCAGCCCUGAUCUCAUCUCCACUACCCUUGAAGCCGAGGGCCGGAGGAAGGGACAGGCUGGGUCGGGGCUGGACAGAGGGGGGAGUCAGAGUGCCUCGGCCGGGCUGGGGGGAAGUGGGAGAGGAGGAACGGAUGGUCAGCCAGAGGAAGAUGUGCCGGAGGCGGUUGGGGGGACCGAUGACCUCGCAGAGACCCCUCCCCGCAGUAACACGCCAAGCGAAGACGCUGCAUCGAUCCCAUUUUCUAGUAGCCCCGACUCGCCCUGUGGGAGGGGUGCUGCUGCAGGAAGGGUAGCAGUGCUGGGGAAUCCCCAUUUGCCCCAGGAUGGUGAGGAGAAGGAGGACAGGACGGGGAUUGUGCGCUCUCCCAGAAGUCAACGCCUCACUCCCUCUGCGCUGCUCUACAGGGCAGCCGUUACACGAAGUCAGAGACGUGGAGUGUCAUCAGAGGAGGAGGAAGGAGAAGUGGACAGUGAAGUGGAGUUGCCAAGGCGACGGCGCCCAGUCAGUAUGACAAAGUGCCAGUCCCUGUCCACCUUCAGCUCGGAGAACCUCUCCAUCUCUGAUGGUGACGAGGGCAACACGACAGACCACUCCCACAGCGGCACGCCUGAUGUGGUCAGCACCAACACAGAUGAGCGCCUGGACGACAAGAGUGACGAUCUGCUGUCUCAGGGCUCAGAGAUCCCCCCAGACCCGGCAGACCCAGCCCAGCUAGGCUCCGAUGGGCUUUCUGAGAAGGAGGCCGCUGUGCAACACGUCAAGACCCAGCUCACCUCGGAUCGCAACAGUUACGAGGGCCUGUACGACGACUCGGACUGCGACAGCACAGAGCUGGACCACUCGGGCAGCGCAGAACCCAGCCGACCCACGAACUGGUGAAAGGACCUGGCCAAACCUCAACACAAGAAGCCACAGCUUUCAGCCAUCAAGCCACGGAUUCAACAUGUU